UGUUCUCACCUCCUAGGUCUUGCUCUAGCUCUCCUGCGAGAGCUGCGGGCGGGCGAGAGGCUGCGUGCGCAGCUCAGUUCAGGCUCCUCCCCCUCUCGGCCACGUAGCCUGUGAGUGGCUUGCUGCUUCUCCGCCCUCCGAGAUGGCGCUGGACCCCGCAGGUACUGGGGUCAGCGUGGUUGUGAGGGCCUGGGCCAGGGCUCGGUGGCCGAGGAUGCGCGGCUUCCGCGAGCAGCAUCUCAGACAUGUUGAGAAAGAUGUUCUGAUCCCAAAGAUAAUGAGAGAAAAGGCCAGAGAAAGGUGUUCUGAACAAGUUGAAGAUUUUACCAAAUGUUGCAAAGACUCUGGGAUCCUUAUGGUAUUAAAAUGCCGGAAAGAGAAUUCUGCCUUGAAAGACUGUCUAACUGCUUACUAUAAUGAUCCAGCCUUCUACGAAGAAUGCAAACUGGAGUAUCUCAAGGAAAGGGAAGAAUUCAGAAAAACUGGAGUUCCUACCAAGAAAAGGCUACAGAAGCUCCCGACAAACAUGUAGGCAAAUAGUUAUUUAGGAAGUCACAUCUUCUGGAAGCCAGUUGUAAUGUAAACCAGAAAUGAUGGACCGAACCGAUGUUUGCUCACCCUAAUCAUGAAAAUACUGAUUUUUUUAAAAAUGAAAUAAAAGUAUUUAUUUCAGA